GGAGGGCCUAGAUUAACACACCAACCACCAAAAAUGGCGACGCCGCCUCCCGAGGCUCCCUCCGUCCUCAAGGAGAAGCCUCAACUGCCGCCGUCGCCAAAUGGAGAUGCUUCUGUUGACAUCGAUCCCACUGGGUACGUAUCCCCAUCAACUCCUUCCGUGGAGAUGUGAAGUCGAAGUGUAGUUGUUGACUGGGCACCAGCAUCCCGCCUGCUAUGACUAAUUCCAACGCGCCCCCGUCCGUCAUCGGAACUGAAGCUGUCGCAAAGGACCCCAAGCUGGCCACCGUGAACGGCCAUACACCCGAUCAGCAGAAUGGUGUAACUACAACUGCCUCUCCUCCAAAGUCUCCAGCUCCUCUGAGCACUGAUGUCCGCGCGCCAUCAGAGAAGCCCCUCAAUGUGAGCUCCGAGAUUAAGACAGAAUCCACAGAGGAAAAAUCUGCCUCGGCUAGCCAACCCGUCCAGCCGCCUACCAACGGUACCGGUGCUAGUCCCAAAGAGACCCAGCCCGCUACGAGCGUACCACCAGAACCAUCCGAUGCCACCGCCGAUGCACAAUCGCCAAAAGGCUCGAGCACAGUCAAAACAGAGCUGCCUCAUCAUCCCUCCACCGGUGCGCUGCCUGAAAGCACGUCAAACUCUACUGUUUCCGUUCCUACUCCACUCGUACCACCUCCAUCCGGGGUAGAUCAAGAAAUGCGGGAUGCACCCGAUGUCCCAACAUCCCCCACCAAACUCUCGAGGGAGCGCGAGCCGGAGCCGAGUGAGGAACCAGCCGCGAAGCGCACGAAGAUCGGUACAGUGGGAUCGAUGUCGGCGGAAUUCAAGGUUCCUGAGUUACCAACACCCACGACCGAAGGUCACAGAAAUGCACUGGCUAAUGGCGAGUCCGCUAUGACCAAGGUUCAACAUAAGUUCCUGCUCAAAUCAAUUCAAAGUUUGAAGCGCAUGAACGAUUCCCGCUUUUAUCGAGAACCUGUUGAUCCCAUUAAACUGAACGUCCCUCAUUAUCCACAAAUCAUUAAACAUCCAAUGGACCUUGGCAGUAUUGAGCUCAGAUUGAAGAACAAUCAAUAUAAGGAUCCGCAGACUGUUGUUAACGACUUCCAUCUGAUGGUGCAGAACGCAGUGACGUUCAAUGGUCCCGAUCAUUUGGUCUCUCUAGAAGGUCAAAGGCUAAAAGCUACCUUCGAGAAACAGAUGGUCAAUCUGCCUAAACCUGGUGAAUCAGAAGACAAGAAGCCUAAGAAGGUCUCGCCUAAGACUUCCGCUGCUCGCCGAGAGCAUCGAACCAGCUUAGGACAGACUGUCUCGCGCCCAACUGGUGGGUCACCACAGGCCCAGGUUACAACCUUUGCGCUUGGACCGGAGGGUCUACCUCUUAUCCGACGUGAUUCCGCCAAUGCGGACGGCCGUCCCAAGCGUUCCAUUCACCCUCCUAAACGUGACCUACCUUACUCAACGAAACCCAAGAAGAAGAAAUACCAGUGGGAGCUGAAGUUCUGCCAAGAAGUUUUGGAUGAAUUCCACAAGCCAAAGCACUACUACUGCGCGGCUCCUUUUUAUGUUCCCGUUGAUCCGGUCGCGUUGAACAUCCCCACCUACCACAGCAUUAUCAAGAAACCUAUGGAUCUUUCUACUAUCCAAUCGAAACUUAACACUGGCCAAUACGAGAAUUCCAAGGAGUUCGAGAUUGACGUACGCCAAAUCGUCAAAAACUGCUUCAAGUUCAACCUCAAGGGCGACCCCACCUACAUUGCAGGAGAGAAGUUUGAGGAAUUAUUCAAUCAGAAGUGGGCACAGAAGGGGCGUUAUUUGGAAGCCCAUGAACCACACCCUGAACAUCAUAGUGCCGAAUCAUCCUCCGAGGAGAGCGAGGAAGAGGAAGAGGAAAGCGACGAUGAUGAUGAAAAAAUCAAUAUUCUGAAGAAGCAGAUCGCCGAGAUGUCUCGACAAGUUGAGGCUAUGACCCAGAAGAAAAAGAAAACUCCACCUGGGUCCAAGAAGUCCAAAUCCAAACCUGCAAAGAAGGAUAGCAGCAAAAAGAGCGGUGUAACUACCAGUGGCAGCAAGAAGGACAAGAAGAGCAGCACCAAAUCAUCUAAGCCCGAGAAGCAACGCUGGGUUACCUACCACGAAAAGCAGAUCAUAUCAAACGGCAUCAGUAGUCUUCCGGAUAAGAAGAUGCAGGAGGCACUCAAGAUCAUCCAAAGCAACGUUCCGGCUCUCAAGGGCACUCAGGAAACCGAAAUCGAACUUGAUAUUGACGAGCUUCCCAACGAGGUCUUGCUGAUGCUGCUCAAGUUCGUGAAGAAGAAUGCGCCGCAUGUGAUGGAUGAAGAAGAUCUAGCCACGCCCAUUGCGACUAAUCCCCCCCCCGCUAAGCCCAAGAAGAAUAAACCCAUGAGCAAGUACGAGCAGGAGGCUCAAAUUAACAUGCUCGAAAGUAACCUUUCCCGCUUCCAGGGCGGCGGCAGUGGACGUUCACCCGACCCAGUCCCUUCAGUCGAGGCUAACGACAGCAGCGGCGACUCUGAGGAUGAUUCCGAGGAGAGUGAAGAGGAGUAAAUCUUCGCUGGGUAAUUCUGCUGUCCUAUCGACGACUUCAUAAAGUGGCUGGCUUUUAAUCCCCUCCUCCCUUGACCACCCUUUCUUCUC